CUGUUGUCAUUGGUUGUCAUAAGUGUCAAAUAUUGUUGUGGUCUAUUGUGGAAUGUGGUGUGGUGAUGGUCUUUUUUCGAAUUUUUAGUAAAUUUAGUAUAGUAAUUCUUGAAAAAUACGCAGUUGGUCGAUCAGUUAUUUUUCCUCUGCUCUUAUAGCUGCAUCGUUAAAUAGCAACAUGAUUUAUUUGUUAAUAUAACCAAACGUGAGAGCUGCUGCUACGUAUUUAAUAUAAACCUUACAUUACAAUACAAACAUUCUUUUCCCUGUAGCAUGCAAUUAUGGAUUCUAAAUACUCGGCUAUUAUGGGUCAAAAUGGAGAAAACCAGAAUAAAAAUCACUGCUUAAAACGAAAAAAAUCUAUGAUAGAUAAUCUCAAAAUAAAAAAGACUAAGUAUUCUAAUGGAGGCUGUGUAUUUGUGAACAAUAAUAUCAAAAAAGAAAAUGGCACUGAAAAGCUUGCUCCGAAGGUUGAAGUUAAUAAACAGAGUAUACUAGAUGCCAGAAAACAACUGCCUGUUUAUAUGGUUAAAGCAAGAUUGUUGGAAGAAGUUAAGAAAAAUGAUACAAUGAUUUUAAUUGGAGAAACUGGUAGUGGAAAGACUACUCAAGUUCCUCAGCUAAUUCAUGAAAUGCGACUAGAAGGGGGUGGGGUUAUAGCUGUUACCCAACCUCGUAGGGUUGCUGCCAUUACCAUAGCUCUUCGAGUUGCUAAUGAAAUGAAUACGGAAGUAGGCAGUAUUGUUGGCUACUCUGUGCGCUUUGAAGAUGUCACAAGUCACAGAACAAAACUAAAGUAUUUAACUGACGGUAUGUUGUUAAGAGAAGCUAUUGUAGAUCCUUUGUUAAAGAAGUAUUCUUUUGUUAUCCUUGAUGAAGCUCAUGAGCGAACUGUUAACACUGAUGUUUUGUUUGGCAUUGUGAAAUUGGCCCAAAAGGAAAGGAGUAAUCAAAAACUACAUCCACUAAAGGUUAUCAUUAUGUCUGCCACAAUGGAUGUGGAUUCCUUUAGAAAAUAUUUUAAUAAUUGUCCAGUUAUCUAUUUGGAAGGAAGGUCUUAUCCUGUCACAAUUUAUCAUUCAAAAAUGAAGCAGGAAGAUUAUCAAUAUGCUGCUCUUUGUACUAUAUUUCAACUUCAUACUACAACUCCUCCAAACCAUGACUUUCUUGUAUUUUUGACGGGCCAAGAAGAAAUUGAGACCAUUAUGCACAGCAUCAAACAAAUAGCAAAAGAAACUCCAGGGCCAUCAAUAAGAGUUUGUCCAUUGUAUGCAGGCCUGCCUCCAGCAAAGCAAUUGCAAGUAUGGAGAGAUACCCCACCAAAUACAAGAAAAAUUGUUUUGGCUACUAAUAUAGCUGAAGCGUCGGUGACCAUACCUGGCAUUAAAUGUGUUAUUGAUGCAGGAGUUGUUAAGGAAAGGACUUGGUGCACGCGCACCGGCGCGGAGAGGCUGCGCGUUCGCGCGUGCGCGCAGGCCGCGGGCUGGCAGCGCGCCGGCCGCGCGGGCCGCACCGCCGCCGGCGCCGCCUACCGCCUCUACACCGCCGCCGAGUUCAACGCCCGCCCGCAGCAUAACACGCCGGAAAUUAUACGAUGCCCUUUAGCGCCGACAAUGUUGUUGUUGAUUGCAGCGGGGAUGGACCCAAGUACAUUCCCGUUGAUUGACGCACCACCCGAGGAUUCCAUCAAGGCAUCCUUGGCUCUGUUGAAGGAAUUAGGGGCUAUUGAUAAUGAAAUAAAUCCCAAGUUAACGGUUCUGGGGAAGAAAAUGUCCGCAUUUCCUAUAGACCCCAAAUAUUCUAAGGUGCUCCUAUCCGCGCCCGAGUACGGUUGCUUAGAAGAGGCAUUAAGUUUAGUGGCUGUGUUGUCAAGUGAGAAUGUGUUCCACACACCGAUGCAUAAAAGAGAAGAAGCAUUGAAAGUAAAGCAGAAAUUUAUAUCUCCAAUCGGUGAUCACAUAACUCUCUUGAAUGUGUUUAAAGCGUUCUGCAAGGCUCCUUUGAAAAAGCAAUGGUGUAAGGAAAAUUACCUCAAUCACAAGAAUUUAACGUACGCCUACGAUGUACGCCAGCAGUUGCUUUCUGUCUGCCAGAGGUUAAAUCUGACGGUCUCGAGUUGUGGAACAGCGAUGGAUCAGUUGCUGAAGUGUCUCCUAAGCGGGCUGUUCACGAACUGCGCGUGGGCCCGCGGGGCGGGCGCCGGGGGCGGCGGGGGGCGCUACGUCACGAGCGCGGGGGCCGCGGCCGCGCUGCACCCGGCCGGGGCGCUGCACGCCGCGCGCCCGCCGCCGCCCGCCGUGCUCUACACGGAGCUGCUGCGCACGCGCCGCGCCUACCUGCUCACGGUAUCCGCUAUCCAACCUCAAUGGCUGCACCAGGUGGCGCCCGAAUACGCGCGGCGGUGUCGCGCGGUGCGGUGACAGCGGCCGAAGAACUCCCAACGCAGGCUGUUACUGUAGGGUAUAUUAUUAUGCAUAAUUUAUUUUUCAUUUAAUUAUACAGCUACGCCCGACUCCGGGGUGAUAAUAAACAUGAAAGUAAUUACAAGAAAAAUAACCACACCCUAUAUAAAUUUUCCUCCACUUACGCAAGAAAGAUCUUCAUUAUAAGAUAUACAGGGUGUCCCAAAAACAAUGGAUAACUAAACUAUUGAUAAGCCUCACUAUGGUCUCUUAUAAAAUUUUGACCAAGUAGAAAUAUUACGGUUCGUGACACCCACAGAGCCAAAAGGUUCGCAACACAUUUUUGUUACAGUUGGAACUUUUUGACCAAUUUGGGUGUCACGAACUAUUUGACGCUGACUGUACUCAUAAAACAGGUGAAAUUCCAUCACCAUCAUUGAACAAUAGAAAGUCAAUUAGGUCCGAAUUCAUAGUAAGUACCUAAUAUUAAUAUACAAUCCUUUUUGUCCGAUUGAAAAAAAAAAUAUAUUAAUAAGUUAUGCAUAUUAUCGCUAGUUCAAUUCAAAACGUCUUUUUAGGGACCUGGGUAUGUACCCGUUUAUAUUAUUAAGGUAUUAAUGCCCGGAUUACAUGAAGUUUUUAUUUUUAACAGAAUUAUUUAACUGUUCUUCUUGAACUUCGCUGAGAUAGGUACAAAAUAGCCUUAGAAUUAAGAUACCACAAUGAUCCUCUUGACACAGAUUAGAUUUUGUGUACCGGUUUUAUAUUCGUUAAAUAGCCUCUUGUGCUCUGGACAUAAGGUUAUAUUUUUGCCAAUGAUACAAGUUAAAAAGAGAUUGUAAACAUUUUAAAGUUAUAAUGCAUUGAAAUAAGUGAAUUUAGAUUAUAAGAAAUAGCCUAAUGAAUGUGAAUACAAAUAGGCAUAAUGUUAAUAAUAAUUUUAGUCUAAAUAAUUGCGCGUUAGAGUUGUCUCUAGUAAUAAAAUUACGUUUUUAUUGUUUUAUUAUAUGUAUAGAUUUCGACACCUGUUAUAAUUGUCACGUAAGUUUAUUAUGCAAUUAAGUAAAUGAUAAUGUUUCCUGUCUUUUUCCAUAAAAUAUAUUUUUGUAAUUAUUAAUGUUUUAUUGGACGUUGAUACCAUCUGUCAUCUUGAAGAUUUGAAGUAAUGCUUUU